GAGACAAACUCCGGUAAAGUAAGGGUGCCGGCCGAGGUCAAAUGCCUCCAUAGUGCAGACGGCAUCAGACGCUUGAAUUCGACUGCACUAAGCUGCAAUGGAGUCGGGGCAGGAACGAGUGGUGGCUCUGGUGGAUAUGGAUUGUUUCUAUGUGCAAGUGGAGCAGCGGAUGAAUCCGGCACUGAAGAACAAGCCAGUGGUAGUGGUGCAGUACAAAACUUGGAAAGGAGGCGGAAUUAUCGCUGUGAGCUAUGAAGCUCGAGCCUUUGGAGUGACGAGGAACAUGUUUGCUGACGAUGCAAAGAAGCUGUGCGCUGAUCUGCAACUGGCCCGGGUCAGAGAGGCUCAUGGGAAGGCUGACCUGACACAUUAUCGGGAGGCCAGUGUAGAAGUGAUGGAGGUGAUGUCUCGCUUUGCGGUGGUAGAACGUGCCAGUAUUGAUGAAGCCUACAUCGACUUGACAGACUCUGUGCAGAAGAGACUGCGAGAGAUGGGAGUGGCACCCAUAUCAGGGGAGCUCCUCAAGAAUACGUAUGUGCAGGGGUUUCCUCAGUGUGGGAUGGACAGAGACAGCCUAUCAAAAGAGGAACUACGCCGCCAUGGCUUGGAGCAGUGGCUGGAAUCCUUGCCUGUCGGAGAUCCACACAGUGCAGAUGUAAAGCUUGCAGUGGGUGCCAUUAUAGUGGAGGAGAUGAGAGCAGCAGUAGAAGAAGAGACCACAUUCCAGUGUUCAGCAGGAAUUGCCCACAACAAGGUGCUGGCAAAGUUGGCCUGUGGUUUAAAUAAACCGAACCGUCAAACCAUUUUAUGUCAGGGCUCUGUGCCGGGACUGUUCAGUGAGCUGCCAAUCGGCAAAAUCCGACACCUCGGUGGAAAGCUGGGAACCUCCAUUAAGGAAAUCCUUGAUGUUGAGUAUAUUGGACAACUGACUCAGUUCACUGUGCAACAUCUUCAGAACCACUUUGGGGACAAAACUGGAUCCUGGCUCUACUCCCUGUGUCGGGGAAUUGAAGAUGAACCAGUGAAGCCCAGACAGUUGCCUAAGUCCAUCGGAUGCAGUAAGAACUUCCCUGGAAAAACUUCACUUUCCACUAGAGAGCAGGUCCAGUACUGGCUCCUUCAGUUGUCUCUGGAGUUAGAAGGGAGGUUACAGAAGGACAGAGAUGCAAACAACAGGGUGGCUAAGCUGCUGACCGUUGGUUUGAACCAGAUGGGAAAGCGUCUGUAUGGGAGCAUGUCUCGCUGCUGUGCUCUCACCCGGUACGAUGCCCAGAAAAUCAGCAGUGACGCAUUUGUUCUCUUAAAAUCCUUCAAUGCCGCAGGGAUGCACCAGGCAGCCUGGUCCCCCCCACUCACACUGCUCCAGCUCUCUGCAAGCAAAUUUUCCUCGACUGAAUUGCCCAGCAGUGGCAUAACCAGCUUUCUGAGCAAAGAAGCCUCCAGUAGCCAAAAGCCCCCGAGCCCCACCCCACGCAGGUCCAGUGCUACAGAAACAAGCAGCCCUAAAACUCCAAAGAGCCAAAGAAAAGAUACAGAGAGCCGAACUCCCAGUUCCAUACAGCUUCUGUUUCAGCGAGCGGCAGAGAAGAGAGAAAUUAGAGAGGAGAAGGUUCCUCCCACUAACAUGCCAGGCUCUCCAUCAGGCUCUCCCACUGAGCUGAAUACCACGAGCAAUAUGGCUUCUGGGUGCCAGUCGUUUUUAAAGCAACAAACUCAAGAGCUGCAAGAAGCAUAUAAUUUUUGUUCUAGAACUGACUCUGAGCCAAACGGGCCAGUGGAUGGAGCUGCUGAGAAUGCCAGUGGGCCAGUAUUGACUGCUACAGGGGAGCAUGAAUCCUGCUGUACAACAUCUGCUCUUCAGGAAGCGUCCCUGGCUGGUCACAGCGAGGAGGACAUUAUGUGCUGUGAGAAAUGUGGCUUGAAGCUGUUGGUGUGGGAAAUACCAGAGCAUAUGGACUAUCACUUUGCCCAGGAACUUCAGGACUCAUUUUCUGCCCCCAGUCCCAGCAGGGCACCCCCUGUAUGUGCCCCAGCCUUGACCCCUUUAGCCAGAUCCAAAAACAAAGCUAAAAAGUCUCUGGCCUCCAAUGCUAAGCGCCCACGGACAGACGGCAACAGGACUCUUGAUGCAUUUUUUAAAAGUCCCAAAUAAACAGAAUAAAUCUGCCCCAUCUCCAGUCUGAACCAUUAUGACAAAUAAAAAAUGACGGGCCCUUGCCCUUUC